UAACGAAAGGUUCUCUCCUUGCUUAUGAAGAUUGGUUCAGCAGUCGAAUAUCAUAAAGAUAUAUUCUGAAGAACCAAAGCUACAUACAUGUAGUCUUCAUAGUUCAGAAUUUGAGAGAGCAGAGAGCUAGGCUUCGCAGCGUGCUGCCCGAGCCAGUCACCAUGGGGAGGCCGUCUUCCACGGAGAAGCUCGUGUGCAUCGUCGUGGCGGUCCUCGCCGUCCUCUCGCCGCUGUACAUCGACCGGAGGCCCACGGCUGAGAGCGACGACGAGGAGGAGGACGGCGGCUUCGGCUCGGCGCUGUGGCUGCCGGCCCUGCUCGUCGUGCUGAUCCUGGCCAUCAACGUGACGUGCUUCGUGGACCGGCGGGUGGUCAGGUUCGACCCGUACUGGAUACACCGCGUCGGGGGAUCCUCGUGCGGGCUCAUGGCCAUGCUGCUGCUGCUCGGCUUCGUGCUCAAGUGUAAGGCUUCCUUGUAUAGCUAGCUCGAUCGUCGUGGUCUCGGUUUUUUCGGAGGACCUGUCAGGAUCCGAACAUGUUUUGCCAGACAAGUGUAAUAAACCUAGCACUUGCCGCGA